AUGUAUACUUAUAAAGUUGAAAGUGUAAAAACAGUCAACGUCAUAGCGGACACCAAUAUGCUGAAAAAGUGGUUGCUUUUGUUACCAUCUCUGGUCCUUUUAAUAAAUCAUAUAACAUGUCACAAGAAUGGUACAUUACCUAAGAAUAAUCCAAAUAAGAAAUAUGAGAUGAACGGAAAAUUUAAAGAGAAUCGAAUGAAACGAUCGUUGAGUAUUGAGCCUGAAAAGAUACUUCUGCCUCUGAGCUCUAAGUUUAUCGAUAAUGAAUUAGAAGAGAAAGAAAAUCAAAUGAAUUCGGAUUUGGAUCAACCUUUUUGGGGAAUGAGGGGACGACGAGAAAGCUCCGAAGAAGAAUUAUACGCUGAUGAUUAUCCACAGAAAAAUUGUAAAAACUGCUACAAAAGCUUAUUGACUAACACCGGUGGCACAAAAGAGACUCUAUCUCCUUUUUGGGGCAAUCGUGGCAGGAGGAGUUCGGAGGAAAUUGACGACAACACUAUCCCUGAUAAUCCAUUUUGGGGUAAUAGAGGAAGGAGACAGGAGGAUGAACCAUUUUGGGGAACAAGAGGACGAAGAGAACAGGACUUACCAUUUUGGGGCAACCGUGGACGCAGAGAAGAGAUAAAAGUAAAAAACAAGAAGAUUUUAAAUGGAAUGAUGAUGGAUCGGGAUGAUAUUGAACCUUUUUGGGGUAAUCGAGGAAGAAGAAAAGCUGGAAAACUUACAACCAAUGGAGUUUUCAUUGAUGAUGUUGAACCAUUUUGGGGUAACAGAGGUCGAAGAGAUACUAUUGAACCGUUUUGGGGUAGUCGUGGUAGACGAAAAAGUGCAACUUCAAGUAACAUAAAUACACAAAGAGGACUUUUUUCGGAAAAAUAUGUACCUAAAGGACAAUUAAGAGAUUAUUCUAAAAUGAUGAAUAACGUUGAAAAUAAUAUGGAAAACUCAAGACAGCGUAGAAGCGAUGACUUUUUAGAUAAUUUUAACAAAGAACAUGAAAGGAAACUGUUACAUUUAUUAACAGGGAUAAUAGGUAACAAAUUACGGAACAAAGCAAAUUCUAUGGACACGUCUGAUUUUAGUUUACAUUUCAAACCAACGGAACCAGAAACGAUACUUGAUGAUAGAAUGUAUGCAGACCAACCGCGUUACAUUUUAGUAGAGAGAAGUAGUCGCUCUUCGGCUGAAGAUGAUCCAUUCUUUAUCACCAGAGGCAAAAAGUUUUUUGAAACACCUAGAGGUAGACGGGGUGUGAUAGAAGAACUUGUUAAAUCUGUCCGAAACGAUCCUUAUUAUAUCGCUCGAGGUAAAAAAAAUCUCGAAAAUGUUAAAAUUGGAAACGCGACGAUCUCAAAAAAUGAUUUCGAUAAAGCAUCCGAAUUAAUUUGUUCAACCAUUGAUUUAUUAUCAAAAAGAGACAAGAAUAAAGUUAAAAGAGAUGUUAACGAGAGUGAUAGAGACAGAAGAACUAUAUUGAAGAAAUUAGCUGCACAACUUCAAGAUGAUCCAUAUUUUGUUAGUAGAGGAAAGAAAAACGACAAUACGAAGAUUGAUAAUGAAAAUUUGGAAGUACUUAUUAAUCAAAUGGCGUCAAAAUGCGAUUAA